CUCCACCAUGCACAGUAGCCCCGACUCCCGCUCAUAGCCCGCCAUGGCGAAGGCGGUGCAUAUUCACCAUGGCAGAUCCAUCGUCGUCCGCGCAAUUGGCCGCUCGCCCUCCCCCCCAGGAUGGCGCCUACAUCCUCCGCAGGCUGGUGUCAGACCUCCCGCUGUCUGCUGAUGGGCAGUCUACCGACGUUCGCAUCACCUGUGUCGAGGUAUGGAACAGCAACCUCUACGUUGGCACCUCGGCCUCAGAGAUUCUCCACUUCGUCCUAUUACCCCCGCACCCCAAUGACCCUUCUCCCGAGCCCACCGCCAUCAUAGCUUCAAGGCUACAGCCCGCAUAUACCCAGGCAAUCGGGGUGGGCAUACAGCAAAUCCUCCUCCUCCCCAAGGUCAAUAAGGCCUGCAUUCUAUGCAACAACACCCUCACGUUUUACUCGCUGCCCGAACUGAGCCCAGCUUUUCCAAGCACAAAGCCCUUGACUUGCUCAUGGGUCGGAGGUGUCGACCUCAAUGCCGAUGGGCAUGAUUCCGGCGAUGACGGGGUUGUGGUGAUGCUGUGUCUGAGGAGUAGGAUUCGAAUGGUUCGCGUGUUAGAGGAGGGUCCGAGAAGUCUCAGGACGAUCGAGUAUGGAGGCUGCUUGACUUCACUCAGACGGGACAACUUCUCCUGUGCCGCGGAUUCCCACUCGUAUGCCCUACUGGACGUCGAACACCAGCAGAAGAUCGGUCUUUUCCCAAUAUCAUCCUUAGAUCCAGAUGCACGUGACGUAGGUGGAGCGGCCGAAGACAUCGCUACCGCACUUUCAAAUCCUCCUUCCAGGAGCGUCUCAUCUGCAGGCGUGCAUCCACGCCACGAAGAGCAACGUGGGCAUGGCCGGAGCACGAGUCUAGGCAUCUUCGGCGCUGGUGGUCCCGCUUCCCUUCGUACCGAAAGUCCGCGUCCUCCUGGACAGAGAUACGGAUUCGACGUACCAGAGUCCUUAUCCAGGGCAAUAUCUCCUGCUCCUGGAACACCUAGUCGGUCUCCAGACAGACAACACCCGGAGAGAACAUCAAGUCUUCCGAGGGCUAGUACGCCUUCACAAGAAAAGCCAUUACCUCCAGCUCCAGAAUCAACCACUGCCGAAGAAACCGAGUCCCCUCAGAAACAAACUUUUGUGCCACUUAAGCCACAUGUCGCAUCGCCAUCACCGACCGAAUUUCUGUUGACUGUCGGCACCACACCGUCCGAGCCUGGAGUUGGCAUGUUUGUAAAUUUGGACGGCGACAUGUGCCGUGGAAGCAUACAAUUCAGCAGCUACCCUGAUGCAAUUGUCGUAGAUGGCACAGGCAUUGAUAUGUCAACUUCAAUGAGGCCAGAUAUGGAAGCCGAAGAAGGUUAUGUUUUGGCUGUUGUGCAUCGCGAGGAUGACGGCCAGCUUGAAUAUGGCGUCGAAAUACAACGCUGGGAUGUCGAUGCAGGUGAAGGUGAAGCCUCCAAGGAAUGGUUGGACCUAAAUUCACUUCGCGAUCCUUCAGCUAAGAAUGGAGAACGGGUCACAAUACCCUUGGGAAUACGAACAGUUGUCGAGGCUAACGACCUGGUCCUUAGCGAGAUUGGUGAUAAGCUUUCGGUCAAACGCUUAGAGAUAUCGUCGUCCGAAGAAGCAUCAUCGUCUAGACAGCGUGAUAAGGGGAAGAGAACACAAGAAAAAGAGGACCUCGAGUUUACAGCGCGCUUGUCCAAGCUGCACACUCGUACCGUAUUAUGGGCUAAAAAUGAGAUCUGGUGGGCCGUCCGAAACCCAUUGGUGACCCGUCUGGAUGCACGUCUCGAGUACGCGCAGUCUACCUCAACCGGCGAUGGGGUGCGCAUUCAGCCGAAUCGAAGUCUUGUGGAAGCCAUGUUAGGGGAUAUACGUGGUCAAGAGCCUCGCAAUGAAUCCGAAUACCUCAGUCUCAUUUAUAUCCGACAGAAAGCCUCGAUACUGCUCUUCAUGGAGUUAAUUCUCCGGAGUAGCACAAACAUCAUCAUAUUUGAAAACGAGAAGCGCAUCACUGAGCAAUCGCUAGUGGAUGGAGAAGUCGACCCACGGGUAAUUCUCUCCCUACUUCCGAUCUUGAAUAAGGAGGUAAUCCAAGGGCCGGACGGCAUCCAGAUUUCUGGUGGAAUAACUACGCUCGUGGAACAAUUUUUACACCAGAACGAUCUUUCUGCUAUGCCAACUACCGUUAAUGGUCCUUUCGGCGAUAACCUUCUUCAUCUGGUGCGGCGAUAUCUACUUUUCUGGAAGAAAAGAAGAGGCAUGGCCAGUGUCACGAAUGACCCGUAUCUCUUCCAAUCUGUGGAUGCAGCGUUGCUCCACAUUUUAUUGCUGCUUGAUCGCGAUGCUCCCAAAGGCCCUGCGACCGCCGGUUCCCUUCGAGCAGAACUAAAUGACCUCGUGGAUAACGAGGUAGAGUGCUUCGAUCGUGCAAUCGAGUUGCUAGAGCACUUUAAACGACUCUACGUAUUGAGUCGAUUCUACCAGCGUAAUAGCAAAGCUUCAGCCAAGGCUUCGAAAGUUCUCGGCACGUGGAGGCGCAUUCUGGAUGGCGAACCGGAUGAAGGGGGAGAGUUUGUCGAUGGGGAAUUGGAGCUUCGGAAGUAUCUUAGCAGAAUACGAGACCAAGCUCUUGUUGAAGAGUAUGGCGCUUGGCUCGCGAACAGGAACCCCAGGCUUGGUGUUCAAAUCUUUGCAGACGACCACAGCAGAGUUAAAUUCGAGCCUACACGUGCCGUUGCCCUUUUGAAAGAGAAGGCGCCUGGAGCCGUCAAGGAAUACCUGGAGUAUCUUGUGUUUGGAAAGAAGCACACCCAAUAUGUCAAUGAGCUAAUUGCAUUCUAUCUUGACAUUGUUGUGACGGAGCUCCAAACUUCCGCAGCAUCGAGAUCGACUCUCCUCCAAACAUACGAAACAUACCGCGCACUUCAUCCACACAAACCCACAUACCGCCAGUUUAUAACGGAAAAUUCUAGGGAUGCAGAAUGGUGGGACAGCCGUCUCCGUCUUCUACAGUUACUGGGUAGCAAUCAGACAGCCAACUCUUCCUACGACGUACCUUCAAUCCUCGCGCGCCUUGAGCCAUUCGAGCAAGAACUUGUCCCUGAAAUGAUCAUCCUCAAUGGCCGCCAAGGCAGACACCAAGAGGCCAUCAGGCUAUUAACUCACGGGCUCGGCGAUUUCGACACUGCUAUAAACUACUGCCUACUCGGUGGGUCAAGCAUUUUUCGGUCAUCUGGUUACAUUCCCCAAGAAGAAAUUCCGGGCCGAGACGAGCAGGCAGUGCUCUUCGGCUACCUACUCCAAGAAUUUCUGAGGAUAGACGAUCUUUCCCAGAGGGUCGAAAGGACAGGCGAGUUACUGGAAAGAUUCGGUGGCUGGUUUGACAUUGCUCAGGUGCUGGAAAUCAUCCCCAAUGAUUGGUCUGUGGACAUAUUUUCUGGAUUCUUAAUCAAUGCGCUAAGGAGGUUGGUUAGAGAGAAGAGCGAGAGUGAUAUUGUGAAGGCUUUAAGCGGCGCACAGAAUUUGCAGCUUAAUGCUGAAUUGGUAGAUAGGAUCGAGGAGCUAGGCCCCAGGAUUGAGCGGGUUAAGUGAAGGGCUGGACCAUAUCCAGAAGCAGCGCAGUCAGUGUCUUG